GAGAGAGAGAGGCAGGGGGCGGGGGUGUGUGUGGACUCUGCUUUCGGGACCCACAGGCUCCCUGAUUGUCUUCUUGUUAUUUUUAGAGGUGAGGACAAAAGGCAAAAGGGGAUUUUCACCUUUCAUUUUUUGGAAACGGCCCGGAGCUCGCCUCGCCGCGGACUGACGGGCCCCUCCCCCGGAGCUCGGCGCCGCUGGCUGCGGCUUUUCGGUGCGCGGAGAGCGGAGCAGCCUCUCACUCGAGCCCGGGGAUUUUCACACAAAACCCGCGUUCGGCGGGCCUCCCGCAGAUAUUUACAAACAUUCUGCUUGUGAAGAGGAAGGAAAACUAAGGAUGAAUCAUGGACAAAAUUAUCAUGACGAUGGACUUUGCUUAUGGUCCAUGCGGUAGGAUAAACGACCCGACUGAAACCAGAGUGACCCACGCAGUGUGAUUACAGGGACUGGACUGGACGGCAUGAUGCAAAACCGGACUGCAUUCCAGAUUUAAAGGAAGAAUGCCAAGUAUUUGGAAAGAGAAGAAAAAUGGGGACCAAAGGUUUUUUUGUUACAACAAAACAAAGGAAAUGAGCAGUGUUAAGCAGAGCCGACCCGUCAUAAAGUAUUAAUCUCAAAGGAACAAUUUAAGAAUGUUUGUGGAAUUGCAGGUCGCCGUGACAGGGGACCACAGUGUUUGACUAACGUGUCAAUGAACUGUAAUAAUUCCACUGCAUGGUCCGUACCUGCUUGCACAUUAACGGAUCAUAAGUAUUUUGAUUCAUGAGCUAGCUGAAGUUAUACCAAGGGUGCAGAACAUCAGAAACCCAGAACUGACAUCCUCAGCUCAGUGAAGAAAGAAAUAUUAAGCUGCACUUUUGGUUACACUAUUUUUUCCCCUGCAUUUCUCAACUUUUUUUUAAUCGUUACUCGAUUAAUGUCUUUUUUGCACACAAGUUCUGUGUUGAAACCAAGAUCUAGUGCCAAAUUUCUAUGAUCACACAGUGGAAAUUACAACCUGUUUGUGUGAAUGGAUGUGACAGCUGCUAGCUUUGUCACCAUCACAUCCUAAUAUUGCGUGUAGUUUAAAAAAAGUUUUGUCUGUUACUUCAUAUGUUGCUGCUACCAUUGUGGUUAUCGCCUCCAUCAACUACAGCCUGUUUAGCAACUUUUCUAGUGACACAGGUCAAAAUAUUCUGACAUUUCAAACUUUAGAUGAAAAACACAUUCCUUGGGACACUUUAAUAGAUAAAGUCUUACUCUCAAACGUGCAAAAGUGCUCGUUCAACACUUUUAACACCCGCAAAAAUGCAAAACUUUCCCAACAGUCCUGCUCCUCCACCUCCAGGGUUUCCUAGCAGGGCCGGAAACAUGGUUGGCUCUCCCUAUCCAUCCCACAUGUCGGACCCUCAGAUAUCCCCUAGGACCACAGAGGACUAUGCUGCCAUGCAGCAAGCCCAGCCCCACCUUCAGAGCCAUGGGCAACACCUACACCUGCGUGGGCAGCAGCAAGUGCAGACUUCUAGCAUACAUGGAUACGGUCCUAGGAGAGGUGCUGGAGAAAUACCACAGGCAACUGCCCACAGUGCAAGCAGUAGCAGCCUUUACCGGAAGGAAAGUAUGGAUUAUUAUUUUCCGAUGAGUGGCAGAGAUAGGAGUAGAAGAGGAGGAGGGGCUUAUGGAGCUGGAUUCGGGUACCCAAACAUGGAUGGGCACAUUGCUCAUCAGUAUAGACAUGCUUCGGGAUCAGGGUCAUCUUCUGGCAUGGUGUCUCCAUACCCCAUGGACUACAGUACCACUGCAGCUUCUGGAAGUGGCAGUGGUAGCAGCAGUGGCAGUGGCUCAUUUUCCCCCUCCCAGCAGUUUAGCAUGGCUCAGAAUGCUUCAAUGCAGACAGCUUCAGGUGCAGAAAUACUCCAGCGUCAACAUGGAUCGAAGUACCCCUCGCAUCAAGGAUUACAUCAGGGUCACAGAGCCUUUUCCCUCUCUGGACACAGAAUACCUUCUCAGUUUGGCCACUACCCUACUCUAAAUGCACCCACAGUGCCAGCAGGAAUGUACAACUCUCCACCACAAAGAUAUGAGACCAGCAGCAGUGGAAGCAUGGAUUCCAAAAUCAAUAACUCCCCCUCCCAUCCCAAUCCAAACUCCAGCGCUGCUUCAAACAGCUCGGGACAUCAAGAGAAUGUGGGACAGACUUACCAAUCCUCAAACCAUCCUCCUUACUCACCCCAGUCCCUUCCAGCUCACAAGCAUGCCUCUCGUCGCACUGCCCAGCAAAGUGUUGGAGCAGGCUAUGAUGCCGCCUUGAAGAUGCAGCAUGGUCCUCAAAGCCUGGCUCACUCUAAAAAUCCUCAGUCCUCUGUUUCUUCAAGUCCUGCUGCAUCUCACCUUACCCCCCAAGACCUGUCGAAAUCUCCCAUGCAUACUCAAAACCAGCAGACUCAUAUGAGUCAAAACUUCAGCCCAAUAUCUAACCCUUCUCCUGCACCUUCUGCAGUGCACUCCCCCAGCUGCAGUUCUUCCUCCUCUCCGCUAAUGGGUGUUUCAGAGGGACUGGGGAACACUACAUCAACCCACUGCUCUUCCUCACAGCCACCAUCCCAUGCUUCUCUCUUAAAUCCCCGCAGCAGUCACAGCAAUGUCAGAGCCUCACAUGCCAUAGCUCAGCUUAGCCCAACUCCCAGUUCAAAUAGCAGCAUCAGCAGCUGUGGUAGCAGUGCAGGUAGUAAGGUUGCUGGUUUGAACCCAAACAUAGCAAGUUCAGCCAUGAAUCAAAACAGAAUGGGUAUGGGUGCUCGGGGUGGGCAACGGGAUGAAGGCUCAUCUUCGAUGUAUCCAACGGAGAAGCUUUCACAGGACUCUGGCAUGAAUAGUCUCAACGCCUUGACAUCACAGGUGGCUAAUUUACCCAACACAGUGCAACAUAUGCUGCUAACCGAUACUGUGCUCUCUCAUAAGAAAAGCAGAGAAAAUGCUCACUUACAACAGCCAGCUGCAAACCAGCAAAAAAACCGAAAUGCAAGUACUGCUGGCAUGAUCGCAGCAAAUGAAGAAAGUGGAGAUGUUUUAGGAUCUGAGAUAGAGGACACAAGAAGGGAUCUUGGGGAACCAUCAGAACGUGAGAAAAUGAGACAAAUUGUUGGAUCCAGCACUGAAUCUAAGCCAGCAAACUACUAUCAAGCACCCCAGAUUCAGACCCAAACCCAGAUGGGGCCAAAUCGUCAUGGGUUACAUUUGCAAAUGGACAGAAUCACAGAGGCAUCUGUCAAACAAUCAUUCAGUCAAGUUUCUACGCCUUGUUCUCAGACUAAGACUCCAGAAAUCCAAACUCCGUCAUCUUCUUCCCCAUCCUCAGUUCCUCCCUUCACGGAACCAAGUCCAAACACCCUUUCUUGCCCCCCUGCUCCCUCUGCCCCAUCGUCCUCCACGUCUUCUCCUACUAACUCUACACGCUCAAACUGCAUUGCUGAUCCUGAUAUUGGUAACAGUGAUGACAAAAGUGGCCUGAGGGACAAAAUGUCCUCAAGUGUGAAAGAUGAACGGUGCACAGUUGAACAGGAAGAGCAUGUCCAUCAGGAAGAACAUAAGGUAAAGCAUACCCUUGACAUGGUCAGUGUGAAGGUGGAACCUUCAAGCUCAAUUAAACAAAAUAAGAAUGAUAAAGAUGAUGAGAAAAGCAGCAUACGGCAUUUUCACAGUAAACUUUCAAACACUUCGGAACAGUCCAAUGUCGGAGUUGUUGGAGUUAUUGUUUCUACACGUUCUGAACAAAAUCCUGAGGGGACUAAACAAACAGAGGCCACAUCUCCUCACUAUGGUCCUUCUUAUCAUCUUGGGAAGCUCAGUUACUCUGAGGAGAAGCAUUCCAUCAAUAUGUUUAGAGAUUCAGGGAGUCACAAUGGUGAGGGGGAAAUGGGCAUUGAAGCAUAUACAGCACACUAUGAUGUUUCCCCUAAAACUGAAUUUGGACAGAGUAUGUCCUCAAACCAUUGCCAUCCUGGUUCGUAUAAAUAUGGCAGCCCUGAGGUGCCAUACAAUGCUUGUAUGGGUGGGAAAAACAAGGGAAGGACUGGCCAGCCAAGUGCAGUGGGUGCAAAUAGAUUCCAAGACUACAGUCAUUCACAGUAUAACUUUGCUUCAAUACCCAGGAAGGAUGCUGGUGUUCUUGGAGUGGUGGGGAGAAGUGGUGUAGGAGUUGGAUCGAGAAGCCAAGAUUCCCAAUUACAACAGCCUUUUCCUAGUCUAUUGCAAGAGGUCCUUCAAGGUUAUCACCUAGAUCGACGCUAUGGCCGUCCUGAACAAGCAUCUAGUGCUCUUCUCCAAGCUAAGAAUAUGCCCCAGCCCCAUUACCAUACCAGACUCCCCUACCGUAUGAUAGAAAACAUGAGGUCUCAUGGAGUAGGUCAGUCAGUAAUGGCUGGUGCCAGUGUACACCAUCCAAUGGCUUCAGGAAAGCCUCAUACCCAGAAUCAGAGCCAGGGACCACCAGAUCUUGAACUGGGACCUAACCUUCAUCCCUCUUGGGAGUCUGAAGCACAAAGACCAAAGGGGGAUCACGGAAUGUUAUUAGAGAAGGCUGCAACAAGUAUGUCUCCCAACUAUUCUGCCCAUAUUCAACCCUCAGAUUCUUCUGUGGAAACUCCUCCUAAGCACAUUAACUUAGCGGACUAUUCUUUACCUCACAGGAAACCACCAAACCUAGCUACUCCUCCUUCUGCUGUGCAACAAUUGCUUCUGCAAGAAACUGACUCAAUAGCUGUUAAUGUAGAAAACCUAAGCCAGACCCAAUCUCAAGCGUCAUCGUCUUCAGGUAGACGCUCAGUAAUAUGUGAUGUCUCUCCAUCUAGAAGGACCACACCAGAGAGAGACAGGGGGGCCUCUGGACCCUCCGUCAUUCAGCAGCCUGUUUCUUCCUCUGUGCUAAAUGAGCAAGGGUGCAGUAAGGAUGAUGUAAAAGAUAUAAAAGAUCAAGAGCCAGAAGAAUCAAAGAUAAACCCUAAUGAUUCUGCCAAACCUCCUGUGAAGGCACAUAGUGCUGAACUAGAUAAGGAGGAGCCUAGUAAGACCUUACAUGCCCCUGUGGAUGUAAAUUCAGACUUGCAAAGAAACAGUGGUGGCAAGGGGAACAAUGAGCUCACAAGCAACUCUUCAUACCACUCUCAACACCACGUGUCCGCUGAAACCCUGACAUCGCCACACAGACGCAAACCCUUCUCAAAGGCUGUUGAUGGAUCUGGCUUUGCGGCUUAUGGGUUUAGCGAUACAGUAGAUGGGUCCAAAGUAAAUACCCAUCAUCAGUCUAACAAUCCUUUCCAUGCAUUGUCUUCUCCGAGUCACAUCCCAUCACCAGCUAACAAAAUGCAAGCUUACCCCCACUCCCUUUCUCUUCAGCACCCACAUAGCUUGGAUGAUAGAUUUGAUUGGUCUGCCAGCAGUACCAGGCCCAAAGAUAUUACCAUCCAUCAAAACUCUGCUCAAAACUCUGAUCAAAAGUGUAAAAUUCAGUCCCCUACUGAUGUUUUACCAAAUCAACAUCACUUGUCAAGACAACACUCUUAUCCUGGUGCUCACUAUGAUCCUAGCUCUCACUAUGAUAUGAAAAUGUGGGAAUCCUUUGCUGAACGAGAUGGAGCUGGAGGCCAACAGCUACACUCUGUGAGCCAGAAGACUAAUGAGGAGCUCCAGGCAGUAUCAACCACCGGCCCCAAGCUUCCAGAGGCAGACAUCUCCCGAGGAAUAACAGAAGAAUCAACCAAAACUGCAGCUGCGAGUGCUGUUGGUUCAGGUGCUACCAACAGCAGUAACAUGGCACCAGGCACUCGCCCUACCAAAACUGGAGGGUCAUCAGAAACAAAUCCAUUAAUGAUGAGGAGGAGGGUCCGUUCCUUUAUUUCUCCAAUUCCGGCAAAGAGGCAGCAUCAGGAUUUUUCUAGCCAGAGGAGUGGAUCGUCUUACAACUCUCCUGCUCCUCAUUCUGAAUCUAGACAACUGAAUGACAGUGAUUCCCCCAGUGUGGACGCCCGUCCAAAAGUAGCAUCUUCAAAUGUACCAUACCAAGCACCCAGCACUAACUUGCCAUCACAAGGCAAAACAAAGAUUCUGCCACCAAGAAAGGGACGUGGCUUAAAACUGGAAGCGAUUGUGCAGAAAAUUACUCCAAACAAAAAAUCCAGUUACAAUAGUAGCCAUGUAGAUGCUGACUACCCUGAUGUGUCACACUACAGUUCUGAUAUAUCAGACCCUGAGAUUGGUGCACCCUUCUCUAGUGCACCUCACCGGGAAGGAGGCAGUUUACCUUACCUUGAAGACUCUCACUCUUUGGAUGAGUUGUUGCCAUACAGAGCAGAAGAUGCAUAUUCCUGUGAUUCUCAAGUUCUUCAACAGAGUGCAACAACCUCUACCAGUAGCACCCUAAGAAAUUUACCAACAGAUUUUGACUUUGGCUUAGGCACUGCUGGAUCCAGUACCGGCCCUGGAACAGGUGAUGAUAAUAAAGAUGAAUUUACCUUAUUAGGACCCCUGCCCCCACCACCACCUUUACCACGUCCUGUGCAAGGAUCUCCUCCCCCAUCCUCGUCUGUAUUGUCAGAUAUACAGCAAUUUACUAAUACUUACCAACAACUGGAGACGAGAAGAGGAGAGCAGUCUGCUGCUAACCUACUAAGGCAGAAACUUCAGGAGAGUGGAAUGGGUUUUGAUGAUUAUGGUGGGGGGGAUUUCUAUGGGGCAACCUCGCCCCAUAGCCAAAGCCCAGGACACCACAUUCUUUCUAGAGGUCAACAAGUAGGCUCCAACAGGAUGUCAUCCUCAGACCCCAAAGCAUCUGAUAGCAUUGUUCCUAAAGGUUAUUUCCCAUCUGGCAAAAAAAAGGGACGACCAGUAGGAAGCGUUAACAAACAGAAACGUGCACAAGUCCAGAACACAUCGGCCAGCUUACCUGCAGCCCCUCAGACCCCUCCUGCUGCUGGUUCUUCUACUCCUCCAACUGCACCAACCUCCAGCACUGCCGGAGAGGUCAUCACAGUUUCAGAUAUACCUGAACAGAAACCCUGCCCCUCUGUGGACCUUGAUCCCCAGGUUCUGCCAGUAAAGGUUGACAUUGAAAGUGAGGAUAACCAGACAGAAGUAGAUUUGAAGCCUGUGAAACCCCGGCAGAAAAAGGGGAAAGAAGGAAGUGAAGGAAAUGGUCCAAAAGGUAAGCAGUGGAAAGCAAAAAGAGGAUUGACCCCUAAACAAGAACUUGAUACGCAGGCUGGCAGUGGAGUAAAUGCAAGCCUGACUGGAGUUUUACAAGACGCCAGAAAAAACGUUUUCGCUCCGUACAUACAUGUAGAAAGAAAGGUAGCAGAAAUUGGAGCUGUGUGCACCAUAGUCAAUUCCGAGGAGGAGAAAUCAAAAGGAGGAGGCAAAGGGGCUGGUUCUGCAGUUGAUGGCCCCUCAAAUGUUUCUCAAACAUCUCAGACGGUUAGAAAAGAGAAAGAAAUUGAGAGGAUGCAGGAAAAAGGGAUUGUGGAGCAGACCGAUUCAGGUCAGUCAGGAAAAUCCAUUCCAACAUCUGGAUAUGUCCUCUCUGGCCCCGUUGUAUCUGAGACGGGACACACUGGUCGUUUCUUAUGUUGCCUGUGCCAGAAAUGGGCAAAUUACAAGAACCUUGGGGACCUCUAUGGUCCCUUUUACCCAGCUGAUUAUGCUGCCAAAAUCCCAAAGAAUCAACCCCAAGUUCGACAGAUCCUGUCAAAUUCUGGGGCAGUUAAUGCAGGGCCGAAUUUGACCUCUGUUUCAACAGAGGCAGCUGCCACUGACAGUCAGUCGCUUCAUCCUCAAGAUGUAAAAUCCGCUGACAGCGAUUGCACUGCAAGUCAAACCACAAACCCAACAUCCCCUGCUACUACCAUUGGCACUGAAUCCCCUGCAGUGGGUGAAGACAUGCCAUGUCUCGGUGCUAAAAUGACUGGUGACUACUCCAAGACACCAGCGCAAAAUUGGGAUUUGACAUCAGAAGUGGAACCUGUUGCAUUGAAACCACCUGACCUGGAGAUUGAGCUUGCCCAGAGCCAACAGCAGAAGGUAGAAGACUUGCAACAACGGCCACAACAUAGAAAAUUAACUUCUCAUCCCCGUUUUAAAAGGAGACACAAAUCCAGUGAAGAAUUGCCUCGCACUAUUCCCAUCAAUAGUAAAGCUUCACUGCCGUUCCAACCUCCCCCUCCCAGCUUAGACUCUUUGGGACCUUUGGCUCAACUAGCUCAGCUCCCGCUGGUGCCCUUAGAUCCUGAGGAGCUGUGGGUGCAUGAGAGCUGCAUCGUCUGGACUAGUGGGGUUUACCUGGUCAAUGGGAGACUGUACGGUCUUCAGGAAGCACUAGAUGGUGCCAGAGACACAAGCUGUUCUCAUUGUGAAAUGGCCGGGUCCACUCUGGGUUGCUACAGCAAAGGUUGCACACUCAGGUAUCAUUACCUGUGUGCUGUGGAAGCAGACUGCUAUCUGAAUGAAGACAAUUUCUCUCUGAGGUGUCCAAAGCACAAGUCUCCUCCGAACAGUCGACCAGUCAAGCCUGCCGCUGCAUAUCUGGAGCAGUCAGAGAGAGGCUGAAUGGAAGCGAGCACACAACGAUCAGACACAGUGCGGCUGUUGGAGGGAGAAGACAGGCCUCUGGGAGAUCAGUGUGUUUACGGAUGGAGUUAUUGAUGAACACUAAUAACUGAUACAAACUGACUCAUCUAAGGAAAAGAUGUAGUUAAUUAUCUACCGUUACCAUGGAACAAUAAACGAGGAAAGAUCAACACUAAAGAGGACGCUGGACGGGAACUUUGAGGAGACGUGUUCCCAUUGUUUGACUUUUAAUUCCAUUGUCAUUCUCAUGUUCUGCUGGGUUCCGUCGUGGGUCCAGAGCAUGGGCCCUAAGCACUCUGCAGACGGCGGGUCUCUGCGGGGGAGGGGGGGUGGCGGAGUGUAGCGGGCGGAGGGGUGUGUAGUGUUAUAGUAGUGUCACUUAUGUUAUUAUUUUAAUCACAACCGUUUUUAAUCAGUAUUUUACUCUCCGCUGGAGGAGGAGCCGUCUGAUUGGACAAACUCUCCGUUAUCCUGCGCGCAAUUGGACGCAGACGGAGAACGUUGUUUUUCUUUUUCUUUUUUUUUUCUUUUUUUUUUUUUGUUCUUCGUUACGACAUCAUUCCUUUACGAGGACGGAGCUUCUCAGUGACAUCAUACAGAAUGUCUGGGUCCUGUUGCCACAGAGACGUUGUUGCCGUGGAGAACAGACAUUUAUUGCCUUCGAAGGUGUGCUUUUGUGUGUGUGUGUGUGUGUGUGUGUGUGUAUACGAGAGAAAGACAGAGUGAGUGAGCGAGUGAGCAGGCUUUGCUGCCUAUGUGCCUGUGUUCUUAUUUUUCAUCACCAGGUUUUUACAGUGGAGUAACUUCAGAAGUGAUGAUGAUGAUUAUGAUCAUGAUGAUAUUUUCCAGCAGGAGAAACAGAACUUGUUCACUUGAGAUUUGGUGGAGGAUUGGAGUAAAUUUGUGAGGACGGAGAGCCUCUGGAUCUCCGGCCGACCCCGGACUGUAGGGUUCUGCUGGUUUGUGAUGUUGUUGCCAUAAGCAGUGAUGGUACACUCAACUGACGUUUCCAUCGUUUUUUAUUCUUGUACAAAAAAUCAGAACAAAAAAGAAUGACCAUAUGAAACACAUUGUACUACAAACCUGUUCAUAUGUAUAUGCUUCAUGAAUACAGGUCCUGAACAGA